CGCGGGGAAGGAGGACUGUCAUGGCCCCGUUCAUGGAGGUAUUGUGUUGCAGGGAGAGACAUGUAGAAGCACGGCUACCACAGGACCUCAGCUGUUAAAUUCAGGAUGAAUGACAUGAACCUGAGUCCUGUGGGCAUGGACCAGCUCAGCGUGCCCUCAGUGAGUGCCAGCCACCUGGGUCUGCCCACCUCCCCCACACACAAUCCCAUUCCCACUCCAGGUAUGCCGGUAGCCAUCCCCAGUCUGGGUCCUUCCCUUGGUUCUCUGCCUUCAGCCUUAUCUCUGAUGCUCCCCAUGGGUCCACUGAGUGACAGAGGAGUGAUGUGCGGUCUGCCUGAAAGGAAUUACUCCUUGCCCCCUCCACCAUACCCCCACCUGGAAAGCAGCUACUUCCGACACAUAUUGCCAGGCAUUCUGUCCUACCUGGCAGACCGUCCACCACCUCAGUAUAUUCAUCCCAGCAGCCUUAACAUGGAUGGCACGCUGUCUGUGCCCAGCAACAGUUCCUCAGGUCUGGACCCCUACAGUGGACCUGGAGGCCCACUGGAGCAGGGCCUUGUGCCCAUGGACUCCAGGCAAGUCAGCGGUCAGGGAGACCUUCACCAGACCGGUGCUCAUGAACUGGACUCCACAGGGCUGGCCAUGGAGUCACGUGUUAGCAGUCCCAUGUCCCCUGACCGGAUGGGGGAGGAACUGGCCACAAUGGAUGGAGUUGGGGUGGUGGCGGUACCUGACACCCAGCAGCAGCUCGGAGGAGGGAGGCAGCCUCAGCCUCACGAGGGCCUGACGGGGGUGGACUCUACUGGUGGGGUGAUGCCUCUGCAUGGACCUCCUGUGCUUGAACUGCCAGUAGUAAUGGAACCAGAUCAUAUGGGAGGGCGAGUGGGCAACUCGGGAGGAGGAGGAGCAGGAGGACUUGGGGAGCAGCUUCAUGCGAAUGGGGAGCUGAACUCAGGUGUUGUAAGUGUGGUGCUCACCAGCUCCAUGGCCAACCAGAACCAGCUGGAGCCAGUGUCUCUGCAUGGACACUCUGGGAUGGGGCUGGAGGCAGUUAACGUGUCCCCCAUCACUGCAGAGGUGUCUUUGGGGCCAGAAAACAACCUGGUGCUGGUAAACUCGACGCUGCAGCUCGAGGAUUCUACUUCUAACAAGGAGAACAUGGUGAACGCAUAUGGCAUCUGGUGCACACUGUGUGAGCGCUCAUAUACCUCAGACUGUCCAGAGCAUGGCCCAGUCACUUUUAUCCCAGAUGCACCGAUCCAAAGCCGGGCUCGUCUCUCUCUCCCCCGUCCGCUGUGCCUGCGUAUCUCUGUUGCUGACGAACCGCUCGGAGUUUUUGCACGGGACGUCAUUCCUCCAAGGACCUGCUUUGGACCAAUGGUUGGCCAGCAUUGUAGUAACGUGAACCUUUCUGAUUGGCCAGAAAAGGACACACCUCAAAUAUGGAAGAUGUACCACAACAACGUGCUGGAGUUCUACAUAGUGACGACGGAUGAGAACGAAUGCAACUGGAUGAUGUUUGUCCGAAAGGCUAGGACACAUGAAGAGCAGAAUCUGGUGGCAUACCCUGCCAAUGGUAAACUCUUCUUCUGCACAACCACUGAGAUCCACCCGGACCAGGAGCUGCUCUUCUAUUAUAGCAGAGACUACUGCAGGCUGAUGGGUGUUCCUCAGGUGCCUGAGGGUCAGAUCUGCCAGUGUGGCAAAGAGUGCUCCUCCUUCUCUGAGCUUAAGUCUCAUCUCAGCAACCAUAACAGCAACCACAGCCAUACCCAGCCUCCACAAAGCCACAGCCCAUCACAGCAGGACCACAGCCAGCAACAGCAGCAACCACCACCAACUCAGCAACAGCAGCAGCAACAACAGGAGCAGCAGUCACAGCAACACGCUCACCAGGAAGAGAAGCUGACAAAUGAAACCUCAAGCUCCUCCUCUUCCCCGUGGCCCUGUCACAACCCUGCUGCAGGGCAGACAAACACUGACAACAGCAGCAGCGGGGGUGGGAGUGAUAGAACCUCUGAUAACAUUACCUCCAGGGUAAAAGGUCAGGGCAACAUGCGGGAGAAGAAAUUCAAGUGCAGCAUGUGUACCCGGGCUUUCAUUACAUCCACUAAGCUCAAUGUGCACUUCAUGGGACAUGUGGGUUUAAAACCUCACAAGUGUGAGUACUGCAGUAAGGCCUUCAGUGACCCCAGCAACCUCAGGAUGCACCUCAAGAUUCACACAGGUCAGAAGAACUACAGAUGCACAGUUUGCGAGAAGUCGUUCACCCAGAAGUCCCACGUGGCGUCACAUAUGCUCAUCCACACCGGCGCGGAGAAGCUCAAGUGUGACCUCUGCGAUCGAGCGUUCAUCAGGAAACAUGACCUGAAACAGCACAUGUUCUCUCACACACACGAGCGGCGGAUUCAGUGCCCAAAAUGCAACAAACACUUCCUCAAGACCAACCACCUGAAGAAGCACAUGAACUCUCACGAGGGUCGACGAGACUUUGUCUGCGAGAAGUGCAACAAAGCCUUCCUCACCAAAUACCACCUCACACGUCACCUCAAGAUAUGCAAAGGGCCCAAGACGGAAAGGACGUCCCGUAAGGAGCAGGAUGUUGACGAGGAAGAUGAGGAAGAAGAAGAGGAAGAGGAGGAGGAGGAGGAGGAUGAUGAUGAUGAUGGCAGAGGGGGAAGAAGAGGAAGAGAGAGACUGGUUGACACAGCCAAUAAUGAGGACUGUGGUUUAGAUGUUGGAGGAUAUAACUCUGAGAAGUCCCUGUCACCCCCUCAUUGACGACACUGUGCCUGUUGAGAUCUUUUAUUUAUUUACUUCACUAAAGUAUCGAUGUUUACCUCUCAUUUUUUUUUUUUUAAUUACUUUGUUAAACUGUAACUAACAUAUUUGGGCAUCAGUACAAUCAAACUGCCACAUUUUGUUUAGUUUCCUCACAAAAGCUGCUAAAAUAAUCUAAGAUCUGAUUGUGCUUCUGUAACAUUUCUCUCUUUUCAUGAACUCAGGCCCGUGUAAUAUUACUGGUUGUUGGGUUCCAUAUAAGCUAUCAUUUAUUUAUCCUUAAUCCUAAUUCCUCAACUCAGUAACGUGGCCGAUCAGCCUUUUUAGUUGCACAGUAAUAUCAUGGGUGUAUUGGCAUUUAUAGUUAUCCCACACUGAGUGUUAAAAUAAUGUUGCAGCUCCAUCCUGUCUAAUGCAUAUUUUAAUAAAUGAACAGCUGUGUUAUAUAACUGACUGAU